AUGUCUUCCUCGAAUCCAGCAAGGCAUUUUGCCUUUGCUCUGCUCAUUCCUUUGGUCCUCGCAGCGGCAAACUUUGCAUCUCUGCAACAACAAGUGCUGGGCUCUGUCCAACGCUUCCUUGGCUUUGAAAGUGUUGCUCCACCCGUCGUUACCAUUCCUCAGGCUUCCCUCGUUGGAACAGUAAUCGAGAAUGACUUUCCCGUUUCCGUAGAGGCGUGGUUAGGUAUCCCGUACGCCCAAUCUCCUAUCAACUCCCUCCGCUUUGCGAAACCACAACCUUUGGCGCCUAGCAAUAAGACCUUCUCGGCCAAAUCUUUCGGUCCUAGAUGUCCUGGAAAACAACUACUUCCUCCUGGCGGUGGCCCUGAUGUUUGGUCUGAAGAUUGCUUGACUGCGAAUAUCUUCCGUCCUUCCAACAUGCCCACAGACAAGAAAGUGCCUGUUAUGGUAUACGUGCAUGGAGGAGCUUUCAAUCGCGGUACUGCAAAAAUGCACAAUACGGCUAGUAUGGUUGGAUGGGCUACCCAGCCUUUCGUGGCCGUGAGCUUCAACUAUCGUAUCGGUGCUCUUGGGUUCUUGAAUUCGGAGCUGACGCAGAAAGAGGGCUUGCUCAAUCUUGGGCUUUGGGAUCAGGUGUUGUUGCUUGAGUGGGUUCAGGAGAAUAUUGGAGCUUUUGGAGGUGAUGAAGGGGAUGUCACGUUGGUUGGGUUGAGUGCUGGUGCGCAUUCGAUUGGUCACCAUAUCAUGAACAUCAACACCCCCUCCCAACUCUUCCACAAAGCCGUCAUUGAAUCCGGAGGCCCAACGUCUCGCGCCCUCCAUUCCUACGACUCAUCACUCCACGAAACACAAUCCCAACAAUUCCUCGAACAAACUGGCUGCAAGGAUGUACCGACCUCCUCAAUCCUCUCAUGUCUUCGCAACGUCUCCGAAGCCACAGUCGUCGAAGCCUCGAAUAAUAUUUUCUACCACUGGAACCCAUCAGUGCGCUGGGCAUGGCAACCCGUCAUCGAUGGCGAACUCAUUAGUCGACGCCCACUCUCCGCCUGGCAAUCUGACAAUUGGAAUAAAGUGCCCAUACUUACUGGGUUUAAUCACAACGAAGGCACCAUGUACGUCCCCAAAUCCGUUUCUACAUCCGCAGACUUCCGAUCCUUUUGGUCAACACUAUUACCACAAUUGUCUGAAAAAGAAUUGGAUAAGAUCGAUGCUUUAUAUCCCGACCCAAGCAUCUACCCAGACUCCGAAUACACGGAUACGAGAAAAUUGGAUGUAGGAUCCCAAUACAAACGCCUCGAAGCCGCAUACGGCCAUUACGCCUACGUCUGUCCCGUCCGCCAAACCGCUGUCCUAGGCACCUCGUCCCAAAACCCUCCUAUCUACCUUUAUCACUGGGCAACCAACCGCACCGUCCUCGGUGGUGCAAACCACGGCGAUCAGAUGUGGUAUGAGACCUUCGACCCUUCUGGACUUCACGAUUACAUUGUUAGUUUUGUGAUUAGUGGGGAUCCGAAUAAAGUCGAGGGACGGUGGGCAAGACCAGAGUGGAAGGCUUGGGGUGAGGGUGAGGGAACUAUGGUGUUUGGGAAGGGUAAUGAUGAAAGAGCUGGUGGUGGGGAUCUGGGGGUUGUUGCGCAACUUGUCGAGGAUAGUUGGGCGAGUAAACAGUGUGAGUUUUGGUGGAGGCAGACUGGGAAUGUGGAGGAUUAG